AUGGAUUCAGUUCGAGUUCUCCCCCGCCUGGACCCCUCGGGGAGCUACAAGUUCACAACCCCCAGCAAACGCAUCCAUGACCAUCCCGACGUCGCAGAGUUCCUGGUCUCCAGGGCGUACGGCGACCUGACGACCUUCCUGCUGCAGCUCAACCGGUCGAUGUUCCCCGUGAGAAGCACAGAGGAGGAUGGUACGGUCCAGACGUGGCCGCUCAACUCCGAGGCUGUCGAGUUCUCUGCCCCCGUCCGCCAGCUGCAGCAGCUCCUGCUGCGGCUCGAGGCAAUCCUCGACGAGGCCCCGCCAGAUACAGGCCCGCGGCGGUUCGGGAACAUCAGUUUUCGCAAGUGGUAUCAGAUCGUGGAGAGUCGUGCAGCGCAGCUGCUGGAGGAGUUCCUUGCGCCGGAGGUGCUGCAGACCCAGUCGGCGGAUCCGCAGGGCCCCUCGGCCAGGGAGGAGCUGACGGCGUAUUUCCUGGGCAGCUGGGGCAGCGCUCAACGCCUGGACUAUGGAACGGGCCAUGAAUUGAGCUUCCUGGCUUUUCUGGCGGGCAUCUGGAAGCUGAACGGGUUUCCGCUGGCUGAUCGGGGAGUCGAGGAGCGAGCCAUCGUCGUGGGGGUGAUAGAGCCAUAUCUCGAACUUAUUCGAUCGAUUAUCAAAACGUAUACACUGGAACCUGCAGGAUCUCACGGCGUCUGGGGUCUAGACGACCACUCGUUUCUCCCGUAUAUCUUUGGUUCAGCCCAGCUGUCGCCAGCGAUUACCCCCUCCGACCGGACACCUGAAGAAGGCUCGCUGACUGACGCACCGAGUCCGAAUGGCGUGGCAAAGGCGAACAUCGUCGCAAGAGAGCGCAGACAUAACAUGUAUUUCUCCGCGAUUGGGUUCAUCUACGACGUGAAGCGGGGGCCGUUCUGGGAGCAUAGUCCCAUGCUCUUUGAUAUCUCGGGCAUUCCAGCGGGAUGGGCAAAAAUCAACAAGGGAAUGAUCAAAAUGUACAAUGCAGAAGUCCUCUCCAAAUUCCCCGUGGUGCAGCACUUCCCCUUCGGUUCUUUAUUCAGCUGGGACCGGGACCCAAAUGCCGUGGCGCCCCCAUCAUCCAUCCAUUCUUCAUCCGGCCCUCAGCGGAAGCCCACACCGACAGAUCCCGGUUCUACCUCGGCUUCCAACGAUGGCUCCGCCGAGCUUACGACGACAAAGGCCCCCUGGGCCACUCCGCGGUCCACAGCUGCUGCCCCGCCCCCGAUGGGCGCCACGGCUGCACCGUGGGCAUCAACAAGACUACCUGACAGUGCUAGACCGCCAGUACCGUCUACCCGGCUACCGGAUACGUCACGGAUGCCUCCGGGGCCGAUGGCGUCUACGCGGGCUCCCUGGGCGAGGAAUCCUGAUGGCCCGUAG